AUGGCUGAAUCCUUUGACACAAGCCCUCUGGAGAAUUCCCUUAACCUACCUUUUCCUGCUACCACGAAGCAGAUCGCGGGGUUGGUCAAUGGCAUACAAACAGACGUGGUGAUUAUGAGCUUUAGCGAUAAAAUCAUGGUCACAAUCUCACAGGCAGGACGAUUAGCACAUUGGUUGCAUGUGCCGAUGGAGAACCAGAACCCAGGCACUGAGGGCAUGCACACCCUCGCUGAGGGCGACGACACUCUCUUACCCCUCAAAAGCCUAACCACCACUACCUUACUAGGUGGCUACUCUCCAGGACAAGAUACAUCCGGUCAACUACUUGCUCGUCAGAUUGCUACGGCUAUUGCAAUGAAAACACCUAGUGAAAAGAGAUUACUACUUGUUGGCCUUGGCCUUGGAAAGUCAAUUGCUGAUAGAGAUUCAUUUUUUGCAAUUGUUGAUCUGGCUUUGCAAUGCCUAUGA